AUGAUGCUCAGCGACGGUCAGCAGCAAAGGGCGGCUGAGGUUGGCCAUCGGCUUCUGCAAGCAGCUCUUAGUGAGGGCGACAGCGUAGCAGCGGAGACUCUCAUUCGAGGGUAUACACGUUUGGUGGCGAGAGUUUGGAGGCCUGAGAGACGCAAGUCGAUGCUGGUGGAGACAUACCGUGUUUACAAUGCCGAACCGCGUAGAGCCAACAUGUGCCUUCAAAUACUACUCAGAGCUGGUUUGCAUGAUCCGCUUGAAUUUAUAAGCACCUUUUCUGAUUUGGCGGUCGAAGGUGAUGAUGGUACAACCGCGUUGUUGAUAUUGCUAUCACUACUGCACAAGUAUCCCCAACGGUUAAGACGGCUUGUACCGGAGUUUGCGGAGGCCGCAGUGCUGCGGUGUCUGGACCCAGUCUUCCCGCUUCGACGACGCAAUUGCCUCAUAACGGCAACGUCGGCUCUCCACGAGAUGGUGAAGACCUUCCCGAACACUUCUUUCGAUCAAUCAACACAACGCUUCGCCGUCGCUAAAGAUGCUGUUAUUAUUGUCUAUGAUCUACGUACAGCGAGCAAGUGGAGAGUUUUCGAGGGGCAUUCAGGAGAUAUCUCGGCGAUUGCAUUCGACCCAACAGGAGCGCAGUUGGCGUCUUAUUCAGCUCAAGAUGCGACCUUGAGAAUUGACCAGUGUGGUUCCACGGGAUUUUUCGGGGGCAUUUUGAGAGUCGCUGGAAAGCUGUUAUUAACGCGGCAGCUACAACACAUCCAGAGGGGAGGCACGGAUGAGUGUCGGUGUAGAGUGAUCUGGAGAAGCAGAAGUGAACUCCUCUUGACGAGAGAAGACAAUACGACGGUGCUGAUGAAAACGUCUGAUGAUGAUUGA